AUGAAAUCGUUCAUCGUAUUCGCUUUGGUCCUGGCUACCGCCCUCGCCGCCCCCCCACAAACCAACGAUCGCGACGCUCAAAUCGUCCGUUACGAGAGCGACAACAUCGGAAUAGAUGGAUACAGCUAUGGUUUUGAGACCUCCAACGGCAUCCAAGCGUCCGAGAACGGUGCACUGACGAACCCUGGAACAGAUGCUGAAGCUCUCGAAGUUCGCGGGGCAUUCUCUUACUACGGUCCCGAUGGUAUCCUCUACGAAGUCACAUACACCGCCGACAAGGACGGUUUCCAUCCUAAUGGCGCUCACUUUCCCCAAGCCCCC